CAUCCACGUUGUCAACGACGACAUAUAAAAGUCCAGCAUUGUCGCCGUAUCCAUGCAUCCUGGACUCUCUAAAUCAGAUACCAUUGCACGUAGUUCGAGGAUGGGAUCAGUCUACAUUGUAUACGUUCCCCAGCUCUUCCUCUGCCUUCUCACAAAGUCCACGACAUCUGCUAUGAAGUCCGUGCUGCAUAUCCUUUUCUCCCAAUGCCUUUCAAGAGGAAUGCUUACCAAGGUACCGAUCCUCCAGAUGAAGUGCUCAACUCUACUGUGAGUGUGAUAUUGUUACACCAAGCCCUACGACGGCAGACGCUGCCGCAGGUAGGCCACGGGCUUGGUGUAUACG